UAUAUUUCUCAGCGGGAAAGGCUGUCCCAGACUGUGUUGAAGUUUCCAGACAUCCACCCAGCUGUUGAAAAGUUCGUGCUCAAGGCUGAGGACCUAAGCCAUUUGUCAAAAUGUGUAAGGGACUGGCAGCGCUGCCGCACUCAUGCCUGGAAAGGGCCAAGGAAAUCAAGAUCAAGUUGGGAAUUCUCCUCCAGAAGCCAGACUCUGCUGUUGACCUUGUCAUUCCGUAUAAUGAGAAGCCGGAGAAGCCAGCCAAGACCCACAAGCCCUCGCUGGACGAGGUCCUGCAGUGGCGCCAUUCCCUGGACAAACUUCUCCACAACAACUAUGGACUUGCCACCUUCAAGAGCUUCCUGAAGUCUGAAUUCAGUGAGGAAAACCUUGAGUUCUGGGUUGCCUGUGAGGAUUAUAAGAAGAUCAAGUCCCCAGUCAAAAUGGCGGAGAAGGCAAAGCAAAUUUAUGAAGAAUUCAUCCAGACUGAGGCUCCUAAAGAGGUGAACAUCGACCAUUUCACUAAAGACAUCACCAUGAAGAACCUGGUGGAACCUUCCCCGAGAAGUUUUGAUCUAGCCCAGAAAAGAAUCCAUGCCCUGAUGGAGAAGGAUUCGCUGCCCCGCUUUGUGCGCUCUGAGUUUUAUAAGGAGUUAAUCAAGUAGUAAUCUGAUCAGGCUUCAAAAAAUCCACCCUGUGAGUUGAGUUUCAUCUUCUGUAAUAACACAGCAUCCCCCUAGUCCUGCACAUUUUCCUAUAACAGCUUUGUCCAAGAUAUCCAAAGGCAAAUCCUAGACUGUGUUGCUAACUCUUUUGCUUGUGUUGACUUGGAGGUGGAUCUGUUGUCUCCUAAGGGCCUUCACUCCUAUUUCUUCUUUCUGACUGCUUUAUAAUGAAGGUCUGUCUACCAAGUUUCUGCUCGACUGAGUCACUGAAAAAAAAUCUUGUUUAAUGUAAAACUGUCUGUGAAAAGUAUAGGUGAUAGAUUGUUCUUUAACUGGGCUGAAAAGACAAAAAGAAGCAAGGGUCCCCUUUCAAGGGGAUUUGGUUGGUUUUCUUUAUUGUUUUAAUUCUCAUCCUCUAAUGAUUUCUGAAUUCAGCUAGUAAAAAGCAGGGAGAUGUCCAUAAGGCUGCCAUCACUUGAUUUUUAAGCAAGCACAUUAUUUACCAUACUGAGCUCUCCCUCCUAGAAUACCUUUGUAUUAGCUGGACAUUCUAAAGAAGAGAUACAAUGAAUAGAGUAUGCUUUACAAAAUCAAUCUGAAGAGAUUUCAUUUAAAUUCAGCUCUCACACCUCCAAGUCAGCCUUUGACUCUCUCGAUUAGAAAUGCUAAGUACCCCAAAAACCUAAUUGAACUAUUUCUUGAGUAAUGAAAACAAUUUUGACUUUAAAUAUUUUAUUCAUACUAGUGGAAAUAUCAAAAUGUCUGAAAAUUCCCAAAAGAGUUACAAAUUCACUUACAUGGCUCCUGUUUUGGAGACCUCGAUUGGCCAUGCUUGCACACUGUGUGAGUGGCUAGGCUUGUCAGCGGAGGGUGAGGUGGGCAGGAAGGACGCCUCAAGGGCAGUGCUGUGAGGCUACAAAAGAGAGCUUCAGUAGUCAAUGGCCUCAUUAUAUAUCUGUAUCUCUAUAUAACUUUAAAUUUAAAGCAAUAUAUACACACAUAUAUAUAUAUUCUUCUAACAUAUAAGGCAGUAGAUGGGAGGUAAGUAUUCUGGCUCCAAAAGAGAAACCAAAUGUGUUAAAGUUGGCUUAGAAACUUUUUGGAGGAAAGAACUCUCUGUGUUAGUAGCGGUUUCUAUGGUAACAAGAAGAAAAUACAUUCUUUUAAAUCUGAGAAAUUAGAAAAAGUGGGAUGACCUUUGGAGGAAAAGAAUGUGUAGCACUUAUUUAGCAUUCCUUCCCCCUCCUCCCCCUGCUCUCCAGCUUCCCUUGAGCAAAUUGUGUGAGAAAGUAUGAAACUUAGUGUGUGAGCCUGUGGUACUUGUGUCUCACUCUUCCAGAGAGCACAGCCAUGGCUGAACGUGGGUCUGGCAUGUAGGGAAGUGUUGGGACUAAAUUGUGAUCAAUGGACAAGAGGAUUCGCUUCUUGUUCUUGAAGGAAGCCUAUGAUUAGCCUCGGAACUGACCCAUAAUCUGGGUUUCUGUCUGAGUUUGAUAUAGUUCUGGAUUGAGGGUCACAUUGAUAUUUAAAUCAAAUCGGCAAAAAGAGACCAUCAGUUCAAAAGAAACUGAGGAGGCUGUGUCUCAUGUGUGUCUGUUAGAACAGGGUAGUUAAUGUAAACAGACACACACACACACACACACACUUCUAUAUAGAGGACACCUUUUGAAAGGCAGACUCAAAUGCAUGGAAAUAUUUUAUUCUCUUCUCAUACUCCAAGCACCAUCAUCAUUUAAUGUAUAAUUUGGACUUUAAGCAAUUUUUCAUUUCAAAUUCAGGAGAUGAACUUAAUGAAAAAACAAGUUUUUCUUUUAUCCCAUCUACGGAUUUCACUUGACUGAUGCAUUCUCUGUAUAAAAUCCAUUCCAACAAGAAUUAGAUUACUUACUGAACAGCAGUGGGCAUCCAUUAACAAAUCAAUUAAUAAACUAAUAAGCACUCCUUUCUAGGGUUUUGCCAAACUAUUCCAUCACACAAGUGGUGGUUUAAGAAUUGCUUAAGUGGCUAGUCAAUUUGGAGGAAUGACUUUCACUCCUGAAACUUAACAGGCAUUUGCAUCACUUCCUGGGAAUUUAGCAGAUUUGAAAGAUAAUGGGACACAAGGAGAAGGGGAAUAAAGCAGAAAGAGGAAAUAGCAAAGAAGUAAGUGCCCAGUCCUGUGAUAUUAGCCCUCUGACUAGGAAACAGAGAGGAACAGCCCAGUGUGAAAGAAGACCAAACUGUAUCAUACUGUUAUCCUGGGGGUUUGCAGAAAGGCAUUUCAGGCUCACAAUGAGGCAAGGCAAAGACGUUCAUCUUAAAAUCCUACAGGAAACGGACUAGAGAAAAUAGCAACUAUGGAGGGCUUCUAUUCCAUUAAACCUGUGGGUGCCAGGAAGCAGGGAGUGGAGGGGCCAGUUUGGAGCAGCCAAGCAUCCAAACCCCAGAGCUAAGGAACUCUAGGCAGGUUUGGGAUAUAGAGUCGUGGUGUAAAGGCUCUCGAGCAUUGAGUUUCCCUCUAUUCUACAAGCAUUCUAGCACCCAUUUAACAUCCUCUUAGUACAAAGCCCUCUGGUGAACAAUUUAAAAGUCACUUCUACUGUUAAACACACUUUCCCUAAAUAAGUCCAGUGGCUAAGGAGAGCAAUUGAUAACCAAAGAAAAGUUUCCUGUAGCCCCAGUAACCACUGUGGGACUGAAAAGGUUGACUUUCACCACUGGAUAUAUCCGGGACACUAAAUGGAAGCUUAUAGGAGAGAAUGGUGACUACAACACAUAGUCAGAAUCUUUGGAGUUUUAUUCUUAAUUAACUGUUUACUAUUAAUCAUAUACAUCAAGUAGAGAAGCUAUGUAGCCAUCGUACUCAUAUCCAGUUAAACAUGCUUCUUACAAGUUAUCCCUUCCCUCAUUUGACAUGCCUUUUUCCUCCUCAAUCACUUACCCUCCUCUCUUCCCUCUCUGAAACAUUGUGUCUCACUGUACUUCAGUAAUAAUGAAUAUGUUAAGAGCACUUAAGUUCCUGUCUAGGAAGAGGUACAGGCAAAAGCAUAGCCAAAAUAAAGGGGGAUGCUGAGAAACAUGCCACAGGAGGAAAGUAACCUCAAUAAUGUUUGACAAAUAUUCUGUCAUGAAAUCAUCAGGACGUAAAGGAACGUAAAAGAAUGCAGUUUUGGAUUUUUUUUAAAUUCUACAGCUUGGGAAGUCGUUUUUUGAGGGUAGAAUGGAAUAGAAAUGAGAGGCUUUAGUAAGUCCUGUACCGACAUUUUACUCAUAAGUUUUAAAUUCUGGACCAAUUAUGUUUGUUUUCUGUUAACUGUAUCCAAUAUUUUGUGUAAUAUGUAACUCACUCUUUUUUGGUAUGUAACUCACUCUUACUGAUAAUAAAAUAAAUAUUAACCUAUAACAGAAA